GUGAACGCAGGCCACUUUCCAUGCGCCGUUUACCUCUGACCCCUGUGACAGCCUCUCAUAGAUCGGCUCCCUCCAUUCACAAACACGGAAGCAGCAUGGCGUCCAACAUCAGCGGCAGCAGCAGCAGCUCUGACAGACAGCGGGUUGCACAGCACAGACUGAGGGUCAUCGCCGGGCAUUUACAGAGAUCGGCGGAGAGUGACUCGGUCAUCCAAGCAGCGGAGUGCAAAGCCUCGGUGAGCGAAUCGGUUGCAGCGGACAGUGAGACGAGGACGGUGCCCCGGAGGAGACAGGAAAUCAUGAAAUGGAACGGCUGGGGAUAUAGCGAUUCAAGAUUUCUCUUUAAUAAGAAAGGCCAAGCGGAAUUUACUGGCAAAAGAUAUCGACUGAGCGGUUUGAUCAUCCCUGGUCUCAAGGAUUGGUUUGAAGGCACAUUUGGAGCAAAUCUGCAGCACAAAUCACCGGCAACACCCAUCCUGAACAGCAACGCCACACAUCCUCCCAAUCUCAACAAGGCCUUCGUUGAGGAGCUGAAAUCCACAGGUGUUCCUUUCUCUCAUGACACAGAGGACCGAGUGUUUCGUGCCCAUGGACACUGUUUACAUGAGAUCUUUGCCCUCAGAGAAGGAAAAGUUGGUCGUGUUCCAGACAUGGUUGUCUGGCCAAACUGUCAUAAUGACGUAGUAAAGAUUGUGGAACUGGCAACCAAACAUGAUGUUUGUUUGAUACCAUAUGGAGGAGGAACUAGUGUCUCCAGUGCUCUAGAGUGCCCCCCUGAGGAAACACGCAGCAUUGUUUCUCUGGACACCUCACAGAUGAAUCGUAUUCUGUGGAUUGAUGAGAAAAAUCUAACUGCCCAUAUGGAAGCUGGCAUCAUCGGCCAGGAUCUGGAGAGAUUACUUAAUGAGAUCGGCUACUGCACAGGGCACGAGCCUGACUCCAUGGAGUUCAGCUCCCUGGGGGGCUGGGUUGCAACCAGAGCAUCAGGCAUGAAAAAGAACAUCUAUGGCAACAUCGAGGACCUGGUCGUCCAUAUUAAGAUGGUGACUCCUCAGGGUGUCAUUGAGAAGGGUUGUGUAGGACCUCGCAUGUCCACCGGUCCUGACAUUCACCACUUCAUCCUGGGCUCUGAAGGAACUCUGGGUGUGGUCACUGAGGUCACCAUGAAGAUCCGUCCCAUGCCGGAGUAUCAGAAAUAUGGUUCUGUUGUUUUCCCAAACUUUGAGCAGGGAGUUGCUUGUCUGCGGGAGGUGGCCCGACAGCGUUGUGCUCCAGCAUCAAUACGACUCAUGGAUAAUGAACAGUUUAAAUUUGGUCAUGCCCUGAAGCCUCAAGUGUCUUCCCUUUUCACUUCCUUUGUGGACGGGUUGAAGAAAUUUUACAUCACUAAGUUCAAAGGGUUCGACCCCAACCACUUGUGUGUAGCCACCCUGCUGUUCGAAGGAGACCGUGAAAAGGUGCUGCAGCAUGAGAAGCAAGUUUAUGACAUUGCUGCAAAAUUCGGGGGGCUGGCAGCUGGAGAGGACAAUGGUCAGAGGGGUUACAUGCUGACCUUCGUCAUCGCUUACCUCCGGGACUUGGGAAUGGACUACUAUGUCAUUGGAGAGUCCUUUGAAACCUCUGUGCCUUGGGACAGGGUGUUGGACAUUUGUCGAAAUGUCAAGGCACGAAUUAUUCAUGAGUGUAAAGAGAAGGGGGUGCAGUUUCCACCGCUGUCCACAUGCAGGGUGACCCAGACGUACGAUGCCGGUGCCUGCAUCUACUUUUACUUUGCCUUUAACUACAGGGGACUCAGUGAUCCAGUACAUGUGUAUGAACAAGUGGAGCAUGCAGCGAGAGAAGAAAUCCUGGCCAAUGGAGGAAGCUUGUCACAUCAUCAUGGAGUGGGCACACUGCGAAAAGAGUGGAUGAGGGAAACCAUCUCCAGUGUGGGAAUGGGAAUGCUCAAGUCCGUCAAGGACUUUGUGGACCCCAAAAACAUCUUCGGCAACAGGAACCUCCUCUGAUUUUUCUGCUGCUCCCGACAGUUCUUCACCUAAUCUUUUUUUUUCUAAAAGCUUUGUGUGUGUGUGUUUUUUGAUUAAUCAAAUACUAGAUGUAUAUUUGAAAUUGACAGAGUACUCAUCCCUUAUUCCUGGAGUGUCAUUCAGUGCCAUUCACAGAUACUUUUGCAUCACGUUGCACUAAAUCGCUAUAACAAUCACUUAUGCUUUCUGGUGUGAUACUACAAAAAACCCUCAAUUUUUUUUAUCUCCUUUUUGUUCUUCUUUACAUAUUUUUGCCAACAUACCGUUGUCUAUAUGUGUGCAUGUGUGUGUGUGUGUGUGUGUGUGUGUGUGUGUGUGUGUGUGUUUGUGGGGGGGGGGGGGGGGGCCGUGUGUGUGUCCGUGUGUGAGUUUAUGAGACUUUUAUGUACUAGAGGAAUGCGCUCUCUAAAGCUCUGUGCCUUCCUAAAGCUUUUCUCUGCCUCCACCUUCUCCUGCACACACUCUCCUCUGCCUUUUGUUGUACUGACCUAUUGUCAUAAAAACAUAGACUGUAUAUAAAAACUGGAGGUAGUUAUCUGUGGUCUAGAGUGAAGCUUUGAAAAUUGACUGGAAAUGUUUUAGCAUUUUUGAAGGGGAACUUCAAAAAAACAUGCUAUUUUUAAAAACUAUAAAUGAUUCUGACAGGAAUAAGUCCAAUUCACAACAAGAAACAAGCAGAGUUGUCUGUUCAUAAUUGGUACUUUCUUGGUCAGUAUCCUGGAGCAUGUAUUUAGAUGCAUGUACAUGUCCUUUAGGAUACAGAUUUCACAUGUAAAGACUGUCUGAUUACUGAAAAUAUUUAGUAUUUUUUUUAAUGAUAAAUUGCAAUCACAAAAUAUCUAUGGAUUGAAUUGCAUUUUCACCGGAACGGCUGAUCUUUGGAAAAAUGUGCCAUUUUUAGUCAUAAUUCAGAUGGAGUGCAAUCUUUACAGCGGCUCCUUUGUUCAGCUGACUACAUCCAUUCCUUAUAAAUAGUCUUUGCAUCAGAAAGUUUGUGGUCUACGAAUGGGUGCGCACCACCUUUUGAAGAACCUGCCUCACUCACCCUUCGACAUAGUCCAAACCCCAAACUUUGUUGACCGUUGAGGGUGCAGUACAGUUAAAAAUAGAGAUUGUCUUUUUGUGAUUAGUUUUCUACUAAAAUAGAAAAUGUCCCUUUCAUGGUUAGUUAAUGAAAAAGGAAGUUUGAAGAAAGAAAGGAAAAGCCAUUGUGGGUUUUUGUUUGUUUUUGAAGUAAUGCUUCAGUGUGACCGUGUUUGCAGUUGAAAGCCUCUGUAUCUCGGUGCUGACGCUGUACCAAAGACUCGACGCAUCAGUCCAUGCAAACACACUGUAGAGAACUGUUGUGUUACUGACACUUUCCCUCAUUUAAAAGUUGUCAUAAUAUGCAAAAAUAAUCUAUCAGAGAUGUAAAAUGUGUGUAUUUAUGACUGUUACACAUGCUAACAAAUUAAAUACCAAGGAAGUCUGGCAGUUUUCAACACAGAACCAAAGGGUUUGUUCCGAUGUAGUCCACAUUCUCCCACUGCUUCAUUUGAAUAAGUACAGACAGAUCGUAACGCUGUUUCUAUCAUUCACUUUGUACUGCAGUUGUGGCAUGUAGUCAUGAUUUAAUUGCUCUGGGAAACAGGUGCUGAAUCACCUGGAGACGGUUAUUGUCACUGAUAAGUAGAAAUAUAACGUCAGUGAAAGUUAGAAAACAGCACCACAACCUGGUUAAAAUUGGAAGUGUUCGGUCAUAUUCACCAACAUGUUUCGUGUCUUGACCACUAUCUCAUUAGUUGGUAAAGACACGAAGUGGGCUUUGUGAUAUAGACUGUAGAAUCCUCAGUAAAAUGUUUAAUGACAUAAUGGCCCCUACACUGACUUGUAAACAAACCAAGUUACUUCUGAAACCAGUCCAGCACCAAAAGGUUUCUCUAACUCUGACCAAGACCUCAGGGUUUUCCAGUCCAAUCAAGCUCAUCCCAGAUCGUGUGGUGUCUCACUCUAAAGCUGUUCAUGUUGCAUCAUGCUUGAAAUAUUUUUUGAGUGUCUGUGUUGGACUGAACCGGAACCAGUAUUUUACAUCGCCCCAGCCCCUCCUCCCACCCCACCCCCAACACACAGAGUAAGAGUGACCUUGAACAACAGUGUUUUGUGUUACAAGUUGCCAGAUUUCCUCUUUAUAAAAACUCUUAAUUUAGUUUGCUGUGUGAAACACGCUGUAGAGUCACUGAGGGUGAGAGGUUGUUGACCUUUUAUCGAAAGGUUUAUUUUGAAAUGGUUACUGAAAUGUACUGAAUUUUAAUACCUGAGUUGUACCAUUUGAAGCCAUGUUUACUGUUAUGUCCAUUAUUUUCCCUUACUGAUGCGUGCUUUAUGGUUUGUUUUUCCGUUUUGUUUUGUUUGUUUUAGGGUGGGAGUGGGGUUGGGCUGUCUUAUUUGAUAUUCUCCAACUAGAAAAUCUGGUUGAGGACCUAAUGUUGGGAAUGUAAGCCCUGUGUCAAAACAUUUGAAAGCUUUGAAUAAUGCGUUAACUGUCCUUUGUUGUUUUGUUAUUUUCCCACUUCUCUUAACAAUGUAGUAACACUUGUGUACAUUUUGUCUGUGCUGUUUGUGCAAUAAAUCCAGUAAAAAACAAGAAAUCAACAACAAAAA